CAUUCUUCCAGGCUGCGCUGCACCUCUCAUGAAUCUAGAGGAUGGCCUUGUGGGCUUCUAAUCUCUUCAAAUCUCAUGUACAGGCGAGGAUUGGCCUUGCUGGCAUGACAUGGCCGUCCGGUGACUGGCCUCCCAAGGACCCAAAACGGAGAAUGCAGGCGAAAACAACAUUGCCAGUCUUCCUAGUCUUCCUACUACUCACACACGCCAUCCUAUGCUUCGUUACGGAUGCUCGUAACACAGCAUUAACCGUUCAGCCGAAGGGCUCUCAGGCAGACGGCGCGACUCGAAAGAAGCUGAGGAUGACGGAUAACGGAGCCAGCGGGAGUGCACAGAGAUUCCACUCAACGGGCCUGGGACUGGGGUGAAAAGGCUGACAGGCAUAACCCGGAACUGUCAUGAUUUUCGAGGGGGCCAGCCUACAACAUUACAACAUUACCUACAUACGUACAACGUACCCAACCCACAUCCACAUCCACAUCGCAUACCGAAAGC